CACCCACUCUCUUUCACCAUGGCCGACAACAUCACCAACAUGAGUGCCCAACAGUCCAAGAAGGACCCACAAAACAACGAUGCGGACUCAUAUGAGAUGAGUGACAACGACAACAACAUCUUUGGAGAAGUAACGGAUUCGCAAAAGAUUAAGCAGCUCGCUGCGAACGGAGAUAACCACUUCCACCGCUUGGGAUGGAAACGCCUCGCGGUCGUCACCAUCGUUGAAGCUAUCGCUCUUGGUGCGCUUAGCUUGCCCAAAGCCUACGCAACGAUAGGCAUGUUCCCGGGCGUCUUCCUCACAAUCACUCUCGGCUGUGUUGCGAUCUUUACCAGCUAUCUUGUCGGCCAGGUCAAAUUAAGACAUAGGGAGGUUGCAUCUUACGCAGAUGCUGGCCGCCUCCUCUUUGGUCGCAUCGGGUACGAGAUUUUUGGUGCCGCCCUUGUUCUGGAGCUGCUCAUGGUGGUCGGUUCGCACGCCCUGACCGGAAGCAUUGCAUUAAUCGACCUCAACGGCGGCCAUGUUUGUUCCAUCGUCUUUUCUGCGGUCUCGGCUAUUAUUCUCCUGAUCCUCGCCAUUCCACCUUCCUUCUCGGAAGUCGCAAUUCUGGGAUACGUCGACUUUGCAUCCAUUGUUCUUGCUAUUGGCAUUACUAUUAUCGCAACCGGUGUCCAAGCAACGGACGCUCCUGGAGGAAUGGCUGCUGUCGAUUGGUCAGCAUGGCCCAAGGAAGACUUGAAAUUUUCAGAAGCAUUUGUUGCCGUCAGCAACAUCAUUUUCGCAUUCAGUUUCGCGAUUGGUCAAUUUUCCUUCAUGGACGAAAUGCACACUCCCGAGGAAUACAUGAAGAGUAUUUGGGCAUCCGGCGCGAUCCAAAUCACCAUCUACACUCUGACUGGUGCUCUCUGCUAUGCAUUCAUUGGCCAAAACGUAGAUUCUCCAGCUCUUCUUUCCGCCAGCCCAACCAUUUCCAAAAUCGCCUUCGGCGUUGCCCUCCCGGUCAUUUUCAUUUCCGGCUCCAUCAACACCACAGUGGCACUCCGCUACAUCCACGGCCGUAUGUUUAAAAACUCAGUCCUCCGCUACAUCAACACUAUUGCAGGAUGGACCUCUUGGAUCGUACUUGUGGUCAUUUUCACCGUCAUUGCAUGGAUUAUCGCUGAAGCAAUUCCCAUCUUCUCCGAUCUCCUAUCCCUCGCGUCCGCGCUCUUCGUCUCUGGCUUCUCAUUCUGGAUCCCCGCUGUCAUGUGGUUCAUGCUCCUGAAAGAGGGCAGCUGGUACUCCAAAAAGAAUUUAGCCAUGAGUGCAGGAUGUAUUCUGGCCUUUGUGAUUGGUAUAAUCACGCUGGGAGCUGGAAGUUACGCUACUAUUGCCGACAUCAUCCAUCUCACGAGCACUGGAACAGCGCAUAGCCCGUUCACUUGCCGAUCGAGUUAG